UGCCCUCCACCCAGAAAGCAUAUCCUCUGCAUCCAGCCUUGUCAUUUGUUUAUCUAUUAUCUUUUUGUGCAGCGGGAAGACUUCUUCUCUUCGUUAGACAUAUUGAUAUUCAUUACUUUUCAGAACGCAUCGUGCUCUGUACCCAGAAAGCAUGUGCUCUCCACAGAAGAAGACAACUUAAUUUCUGCCAGUCUAUGCCAGCAAUAGGCGUGCCAGUCGACCAACAAUAUAAUUCAUUUCUCACUCUCUCCGUCUCUCACAUUCGGCCUCUCUCAGAGCAAUUUUGGAGAGUAUUGUCUGCUGAUUGGUCCUCGCUCGCUUUCUUUGAUCUUUUCCCCACUUGAAGGUUCUCGCCUAGGCUUGUUUACGUUCUUCUCUCCCCGAUCUUGCAACUCUCUUCGCAUCUCAGCUCGCCCAAGGGGCCAUCACCUAAUCUUCCGUAGUCAAACCACGUGGGUCAACCUAACUGAAGGCCGUAUCCCUGUUACCUCUCUCUCUCUCUCUCACCUUCUUCAUCAUUUCCAAGGGGAGAACAUAACGUACUCGUGUUAUACGUGAGUGGACCAAGCCAACAAGUUUGACUUGACUAGAGGAUGAGAUCCAAAAAAAGAUAAGGCAAGGACUACAAGCAAUUGCAGAAAAGCAUCCUAGAAGCAUCUUUCGUGGUUCGUCAAUCCUUUUGAGCAGCAGAAAAGCAUCUUUAGUUUCAACUCUCCGCCUCAGAUCGGCAUGGACAGAAGACAAAGUCAGAGAAAGAGAAAGAGAAAGAGAGCAAAGAAAGAGAGCAGUGAGGGAGCAUCCGCUCCUUCGUUCAUCUCUACUGAGGGAGCAUCCGCUGAUGCUCCUUCGUUCAUCUCUACCGAGGGAGCUUCUUCGUUCAUCUCUCCGGAACCUACAAGACAAGGUGACGAUCGAUACGACGUGUUUUUAAGCUUUAGAGGCUCAGAUACCCGCAAUGAAUUCGCCGAUCACCUCUACCAUGGAUUGUUUGAUAAAGGGACUGUACCGAUUUGGGUGUUCAGGGACGAUAACAUCCCAAUUGGCGAGAAAUUUAGUUCACAGCUUCUCAAUGCAAUCGCACAGUCUAAGAUUUCGAUUCCCAUCAUCUCCGAAAAUUAUGCCUCGAGCAAAUGGUGCCUCCGCGAGCUAUUUCAUAUCAUGGACCGCAAGAAGAGCACGUCACACAUAGUGUUGCCUAUUUUUUACAAAGUGGACCCAGCGGAUGUGCGGCAUCUACUGGGAAAAUUUGGGAAAGCCUUCCAUUCCCAUAAGAAGCGCUUCGAUGAGAAGGAUAUCAAGGAAGGGCAACAAGCACUUAUAGAAGUGAGUUACUUACAUGGAUGGGUAUCAGAGAAAAUUGCAAACGGGCAUGAAGGAGAACUGGUGAAAAAAGUUAUCAAAAGUGUUCUGAACAAGUUGCGACCUGAUUUUCAGCUUGAUGUUACUAAGCACUUAGUCGGAAUUCGUGAUGAUGUGAUGAAAAUAAGGAAAUGGGUAGACACUCCUGCCAGUGAUGCUCGAAUGAUUGGAAUCUAUGGCAUGGGUGGGAUUGGUAAAACAACUCUUGCCAAGGCCAUUUACAAUGAGCUGUCGAAUGACUUUGAGCAUCGUAGCUUCCUUCCCGAUAUUCGAGAAAAAGCUCAUCGCAAUGAUAUUCAUUAUCUACAGAAUCAACUAAUUAAGGAAAUACUGCAGAUCGAGAGUCAAGUUUGGACAUGUGAUGAUGGAAUUAGUUUGAUCAAACAUAGAUUCAAAGGAAAAAAGGUUCUCAUUCUUCUUGAUGAUAUAGAUCACAGAGAUCAACUAUAUUUUUUGGCAAGAGAAAGUAGCUGGUUUACUCCAGGAAGUAUUAUCAUUGUCACAACUGAAAAUAAAGCAAUUCUUGAUCAAUCUGAAUUUAGGGUGGACUAUGAGCAUAAAGUGAAUAAACUAGAUGAGGCGCAUUCUUUGCUUUUAUUUAGUAGACAUGCAUUUCGUGACGACCGUUUUCCUCAGGACUUUGAGGGUUUCUCUCAUAUUAUCGUAUCCACCACGGAUGGGCAUCCCUUGGCUCUUAAGGUAAUAGGUUCAUACUUGUAUGGAAAAAGAAAUCUAAAAGUAUGGCAAGAUGUGCAAAUGGAAUUAGGGAAAGAACCACAUGAAGAUGUCCAAAAAAUAUUGGGGAUAAGUUAUGGUGCAUUAAAAGAUGAACAUCAGGAGAUUUUUCUCGAUAUUGCAUGUUUCUUAAUUGGCGAAGUGAGCAAAUUCGCCAUUUACAUGUGGGAGGACUGUGGGUUUUGUGCAAGUCGAGGAAUUGAAGAGUUGAAGCUAAGGUGCUUGAUAGAAAUUGAUGAAGAUGAUAAGUUAAGGAUGCAUGGUCAAUUAAGAGAUUUUGGAAGGAACAUUGUUAAUCAAGAACGACCGUCCCAGACACUUUGCAGAUCAUUGCUCUACAAGGAUGCCAUCAAAGUACUAAUGGGAGGAAAGGUUGACCUUGUUCAUCUCGCGGAUUAG